UCAACUACCACGCCUCCGUCCGCCAUCACCAUCAUCUUCCAGCUCCCCCUGAGUCCCAGCAUUCGCCUGCCAUUGGGUUCAGAUUUCGAUCUGCCCGUUCAGGGUCACGACCAUGCUGCACGGGUGUCGCCUACCCUUCUAUUAACUGCCGUCACCCCCCAUUCCCUGAGGCUCCUGGUUGAGAUUCGGCCCCAGCAAGAGCAACUGCAUGCCGGCAGUGCCUCCACGAGGACAUCGUCGUGAUAAUUCAAUUUGAGAUCACCUCGUUCAAUGGUCGAUUGUUGAUUAGGGACGACGUCAAUAUAUCAACAUGAGAUUUUCUCGGGCCUUGCCAUCGCUUGGAGCUGCUGCUCUUGUGCUCUUUUCAUCCCCGGUGCGGGCGUUGACAGUUGAAUAUUGUUCAUCGGAGAACACUGCAGACCCAGACACGCUCCGUACGCCUCUCGCUCUUCGGUUGUGGACGCAAUUGCCCGUGCUGACUGUUUUAGAAACGAGUACAUUCCAAUCCAACGGACUCUGCCAAGAACAAUGCAAUGCCGACUAUGCCUUUGGCGUGGUCCUCUGGAAAGACUGCUGGUGCACAAAUUAUAUUCCCGCAGAACAAAAUAGUGUGUCGGAUUGCGAUAGCACAUGUCCCGGCUACCCAGACGAUCUCUGUGGUAAUAGAUCCAAGAACCUUUAUGGCUAUAUCGCCAUGAGCAAUGUCAAGCCAUCAGGAACAUCCAGUGCCACCGCAACUGGUAGUGCCACCUCCACGGCUUCCUCGGGGAGCACAACCCAAACUACUCCGUCGAAUUCGGACCCGUCCUCUAGCACCGGGCAAAAUACGGCUCCCACUGUGUCUGUACAAACGGUCGCCGGUCAGCCGGUCACCAUCACGAUCGGCAAUCCAUCGUCGGCGGAAUCCACUGGUGCUUCUGCCUCUACAUCUAGCAAACCAUCAUCGUUGAGUGGAGGAGCAAUUGCUGGAAUUGUAAUUGGCACUUUGGUCGGUGUCGGUGCAUUGGCCGCGCUGGGCUUGUGGUUCUUCUUCUUUGGCCGCCGACGCAACGAAGAAUCAGAGAAGUCGCCGACUCCAGAAUCGAGAUACGACCCGAGUGUCAUGGGCGGAGGUUCAGAAAAUCGGCGCCAGAGCAAGGGCUCCCAGAUGAGCUUUAUGCCCAACUUCAUGAAUCAGCAACAGAAGUCCCCCACAUCCCCGAAUGACUUUCUCAGCCCGAACAAGGGAUUUACUGAUAAUCGUAUGAAAAAGGAUGCGGCGUUGUAUCCUAAUGGAAGCAGGCACAGUGCCGUGUCUCUACGCGACAAUGAGGAUUAUUCUCGGCCAGUUUUGAGGCUCACCAACCCGGAUUAAUUGGCAGUCGAUCAUUCUAUAUUCCAUGCAUGCACCGCACGGCGAGGAAACAGUAUUUCUUCUCAAAUGAAGUUCUUUAUGAUACCCAUCCCCCCAAUUCGAACCACCGUUUUAGCGAAAAUAUUAUCGCACAUUGCAUUAUCCCACUCUAGUGGCACAUUUAUCAGGCCACGAUAAUGUUCACUGGUCAUCUGUUGAAUUCGUUCCAUCCGAUGUAAAUGCGCAACCUAUUCCUCAACGAAUUGCAACG